GCGUAAGAUUCCGGGUUGCAUGGUGAGGAAACGUGACUGGAUGACAAUCAAGUGACUGGAAUUUCGUGAAACAGAAGUUUAUUGAGAUUUUCGCUAUGAAGAUUUGGACGUCAGAUCACACUUUCGACCAUCCUUGGGAGACAGUGGUGAAGGCAGCAUGGAGGAAGUACCCCAAUCCCAUGAACCCAAGCGUGCAGGGGAUCGAUGUUGUGGAGAGACAGGUUACACCUGACGGCAAGCUCAAGAGUCACCGACUGCUCAGUACAUCAUGGGGGCUGUCGGCCUGGGUUACAAAAAUUGUUGGCAUGGACCAGGUGUGUUAUGCCAGUGAGCACUCCGAAGUGGACACAGCCAACAGGACACUCACCAUGAGGACAAGAAACUUGACGUUCUGCAACGUGGUGACUGUGGAUGAGUACUUAUCCUAUGUUCCACACCCUGAAGACCGAACAAGGACCACACUGCACCAGGAGGCUGUUGUCACGGUGAAGGGAGUUCCGCUGGGCAGCUACCUCGAGACAGUCAUGACAGACUCUAUAUCUAACAAUGCAGGAAAGGGACGACAGGCUAUGGAGUGGGUGAUUGGUAAGAUCAAGACAGAAGCUCAGGACCUAAAACAGGAAGCUCAGAAGUGCAUGGACACAGUGUUACCGAAAAACCCCACCUCUCGCACAACGUCGUUAUGACGACCGAAAUCUGGGAGUUAGACAAGCAACCACUAAAGCAACUUGUGAUAACCCACCUUUCGUUCACUUUUCUGUUAUCACCUGAGAAACAUUGACUGUCCUUUCAGAUCCAUGACAAACACACUACCUUUACUUGGUUCACCUAAUCGGGUAAAACUUGCUGGCAACAAAGAAACUUUUACUGUUGAUGUAUGAAAGAAACUGUCAUAGAGCAUUCCUUACUGUGUGGAGUUCGCCAACUCAAGCAGGGAUUCGUCGUGUGAGACAUCACCAUCCUCAGAUACGUCACUGUCUUCACUUCAAUCAUCAUGCCACACGUACACCUACCUUUCCCAGUUUUGAGUAUAUGGAAAUAAUAUGUAAUCUGGCCUGGAGCCUGGUGGUAAUCUCUUGAUGCAAAUAAUGAAUAUGAAAUCCCUUCAUUGCUGAUGGUUUCUACAUUGACACUGUGAUCUGGUGUAAAUGUUUGACUGCCUUUAACAUCUUACCCAUUUAUGUGAUUCUAUGUGUUAUGGUGUUCACAUUCACGGCUUGAUUCUUAUUGUUGUUUUGUUGGAGGUGUUAUCAGCUUAUAUCUGCCUGACCUGUCUAUUUGGGGCUUUGUCCACUUGAGCCUACUCAAUAGCACAUGUAUAACCUAGACAAGGGCACAGUGGAUAUAUACUCAACAAAAAAUGUUAAGGACCACACCAAUUUUCAUAUUAAAGUAUUUAAUAGUUCAUAUUAUGAUCCAUAUACGUAAAUAUUGGUUUGUCUUUAAUUUUUUGGAUGAGUAUAGAAGUUUGCUGAGUUGUAUCCCUUAGCCCUAUCAGGAUCUGCUGUUUGUUUGAAUCCUGAUUAUUAUGAUCCUUGUUUUGUGCUCACAGUUUUAUCAAAGUUGUUGAUGCCUACAACAUGCAUCUUUUCUGUAUCAAGCUGACACGCUGUGAUGUACUGAAACACUGUUCAAAGCAGCAAUUUUACUUGCAUAUGCCAAUCUUGAUGAUUAUGGUUCCUUCCACUUUGAUCAGGUAGGAAGGAAUUAGCAAUAACGUAGUAAUCAGGAGUUUUAAAAAAUGUUUCUAUAGCAACAGGCUCUGGUUAAUGAGAUCGACUUGUGUUCACAAAUAGAUGAUUCUGGGCCAAAUUUGCAAUAACAACAUUGAUGCAACUAAGUCCUCCAUCUUCCAUAUGCCUCUAAUGUGGAUUCCUUUUUAGAUCAUCCAGUAUUUUCCAUUGCCAAACAGUGAAUAUGUUUGAUUAAGGACGAUCCCAACACUAUAACUCUGAGCAUAGUCAAGUAAAGCAGUUGCUUUGUAUUGGUAGUUUAGGGUAAUGGUAAUCAAAUAAGCCCUAAUGAGAAAAUCUGUAACUUGCAAUACUACCAAACCUACCUACAAUGUAGCUAUGCUGUCCUGAAUUGUGUAUGAUGAAUUAUGAACAAAUCAAAGAAAAAUUAAAUCUGAGAAUUUGCAGCAGACAUUUCCAAAUUAUUAGAAUAAGCUGCAGUCUUGUAUCAUUGGGUGUUUCAGUCAUUGUGUAUGGGUGGGAUCUCACCUUUCAUUACAUUCCAGUUUCUCUGACAGUUCUGAUGUAUUUGUUUCAUUCUCUGAAUUCCUCUUGUAUAGCCAUAUCAAUCCAACAAUCCAUCCAGAGAAGGCGACAAUCUCAAUCAAGACCAGUUCAUAAUAUGUGAUUGGAACUUGAUGGGAUAUUCAUCUUGUCCAGGUGGGGACUGCAUGUAACUGACUGCUUUGAGAUGUUGUCGGGUGAAUAGUAUUUAAUUAUGCCAUCGAACCAGCUCAUUGGUUCAUUUGCCAGAACAAGCUUAGCACUAAGGCUAAUUGUCCAUGUUAGUGCUAAGUGACCCACUUACCGUAAGACCUCAUAUUGGAGGCCUGACUUUUUGAGGAGGGAAACUAUUGAAUCUUCCUAUACAAAGGAUUGUCUGAAUUAAUACUUAGACAUUCAUAAAAAAUAUGAUCAGUGAGAUUUUCUUGGAGUACUUUUGCAAAAUUGCGUCCUUAGGGUGUAUCACACGGAAGAUGAUUAAGCACUUUUAUGUGGUUGCAAUUAAGUAUACAGUCAAAUCCCUAUGAGUCGAAUGUCGGUGUCUCGAAUAUUAUGCAUAACUCGAAGUACCUGUCGGUCGACCAUUCCCUGUUAUAGUUGUCAUCAUUUGAUUACCGGUUACACGAAUUCGUCUCAUAAAUAC